AUGCAUCGUUUAUCCGGAAAGUGUAAGAAUGUUGGAUCGAGCCAAGGGAACGUGAUGGAUAUGUCGAAUCGAAAAAGUGACAGUUCUUUGAAAGUUUUUAGUGCUAAUCUGCUGAAUUUAAUGAAAUGGUUGUGUAUAAAAGAAGGCGUCGUUUCAUCCAAUGUAUCAGUUCCAUCUUUUCUGGUGAUUUCAAAGAUGACGAUGGAUAAGAAAUUCGAAACCGAGAAAGUGAAGAGAUUUGCUUUCUUUGGAAUCGCCGUCUCCACCGUGUCUACUCUCACCGCUAUUGUUGCCGUUCCAAUGUUAUGCUUGUACCUUCAAUCAGUUUCUUCAUCUCUUCAAGAUGAGGUCAAUUUCUGCCGUGUCCGUGCCACAUCUCUUGAAGGAGAGCUUGCUAAGCUCAGCACAAUUCGUGCACCAAGAAAGGCUCGUGCCGCCGAGGGAACUUGCUGUUCUUGCGGAGUUGGACAAGCUGGACCACCAGGACCACCAGGAUUGGACGGAUCCGCUGGAAAGGAUGGAUCUAACGGACGUCCAGGAAACCCAGGAGAGGAUGCUGAUGGUGAUGACUACAAACCAGAUGCCAGCCAAUUCUGCUUUGAUUGCCCAGAGGCUCCAGCGGGACCACCAGGACGUCCAGGGCCAGACGGAGAGAAUGGAAACGCUGGAGAACCAGGACGUGACGGACUUGCUGGACGCCCAGGAGCCCGCGGUGGACCAGGAUCACGUGGACCAGCCGGAAACCCAGGAUCUGACGGACCAGCUGGACCAAUCGGACCACAAGGAGGAUCUAAUGUUGUUCCAUCUCCAGCUGGAGAGCCAGGAUCCCCAGGAGCUCCAGGACCACAAGGACCACCAGGAGCCGCCGGACGCCCAGGACGUGAUGGACAACCAGGAGCUCCAGGAGAGCAAGGAGGAAACGGACCAGAUGGUGCCCCAGGAAAGCCAGGAUCCGAUGGACAACCAGGAGCCCCAGGAAAGGAAGGAUCCCGCGGAGGAUGCGACCACUGCCCACCACCAAGAACCGCUCCAGGAUAUUAA